AUGUCGUCGCCCAACAGCUUCGGCCAGCUUGGCCUGAGCAUCCUGGGCCUGGGCACGCAGUAUCCUCCUUACGGCCUCAAACCAGAAGCCAUAGAUACUCUCGUUCAGCGCUACCAUGAUGCUGAGAGCCCUUCUAUGAAAAAGGUUCUCUCUAUCAAUAAAUACACUGGCAUUGGGACUCGUUCAUCAAUUGGAGAUCCUGACCACCCUGUGGUGAACAACCCAGACCCUCCUUCAAUCGAGGAGCUUCAUGAGGUUUUUAUGAGCGAGGGUGUACCUCUGGCCGUGAGCGCUGCGCGAAAGGCCAUCGACGAGGCCAAGAUUGAUCUCGAGGAAAUUACCCACGUCGUCUCCACGAGCUGCACCGAUAGUGCCAACCCAGGAUAUGACCACUUUGUCUGCCAAGGUCUAGGCAUCACCCACCAGGUCGAGAAGGUCCUCCUCCAUGGCAUUGGCUGCAGCGGCGGGUUGGCAGCCUUACGGACCGCCGCCAACCUGGCCCUGGGCCACAGCUACCGGGGCAAACCCGCCCGUAUCCUGGUGGUUGCCCUCGAGGUGAGCACGACAUUUGUGCGAAGCGAGCUGGACUCGAUCGACAAGUGCGACGAGACGAGGAUAGGCGUGUGCCUCUUCUCAGACUGCGCCAGCGCCGUGGUCCUCAGCAACGGCCUGACGACGACAACGACCACGACAAGCGGUGGUGUCGUUCCCUCUUCCACGCUCCGCCCAGCAACCUAUGACCUCCUCGGCUGGGACCACCGCAUCGUCCCCGACACCGCUCACGACCUGGGCUUUGAUGUCCACCGCCACGGCUGGAAGGUCGUCCUGACCCCGCGCGUCCCCAAAAUCGCCCAGUCUGCCCUGAAGCCAACCUUCUCCGAUCUCAUGUCCUCUCUGCGGCCGCAGCUUUCCCCAAACUACCAGGAUGCCCCUCCCGCCGAUUUCGACUGGGCCAUGCACCCAGGCGGCGCUACCAUCCUGACGGGUGCCGAAGAGACUAUGGGUCUGCGGCCCGAGCACAUGCGGGCCAGUUACGACGUGUACAUGAACCACGGCAACUCGAGCAGCGCGACGGUGUUUAGCGUGUUGGAUCGUCUGCGGAGUAAGGAUAUGGACGCCUGCACGCCGGAUGGCCGAGGGCCACGAGAUUAUAUCGUGGGCUGUGCGUUUGGGCCCGGCGUGUCAGUGGAGAUGUGUAUGUUGAAGAGGAACCAACAUGGUGGCGGUGGCAGAGGGCCGGUGGGGAGAGAGGGGGAGGGCGGCAUUCCUACGCCGCCUGAGACGGAGAGCGAACAGAGC